AAACCCUCCAAAACUCAAGAAAUCCACCAAAACCCUUCAAAAUUACAGACCCAAAAAUGGAAAAUAACCUCCCCAUAAUGGCCAAAAAGGUCUGGAAUUUGGUUCGUGUCGCUUAUUUCCUUCUCCGUAAAGGCAUCUCCAAGAGCAAGCUCAUGCUCGACCUCAAUCUCAUGACCAAGCGCGGCAAACUCGCCGGCAAAGCCAUCAGCAACCUCAUGUUCCACCACCACUAUCACGCCGCCGCCUCCCCUUCCUCCUCUCCUCCUACCUCCGCUGGUCAACUCCCCUUCCCUAUCGGCGCCGACGAGUACGAAUUCAGCUGCAGCAAUAGCCCCGCCUUCCCUGCCUUCCACGUCGGCAAGCGCCGUCGUAACCAAAACCACAACUCCUUCUUCGCGUGUGCUCACGCUCCUGACACACUCGACGAUGACGCCGCCGCUGCAGUUAAUGCCGUUAAUGCCGUUGUCGAGAUUCUGAAUAACCACAGCGGCGCGUCCUCGACACCACCAGUCCCAGCCUCCCCUGCUCUCCCUGGAUUUGGCCGGACUCCGAGGAGAGUCCGUCAGCUUAGGAUAACCGACUCGCCGUUUCCUCUACAAGACGCUAACGCUGAUCCGUUAGUUGACAAAGCGGCCGAUGAAUUCAUAAGCAGGUUUUACAAGGAGCUCAGGCUCCAAAAAACCGCCGACGAGAACUGAACUCCGGCGCCGGUCUGAAGCUGAUAAUUAUAUAUAUAUAUAUAUAUAUAAUCCUUUUAGCUACGUGGCAUUGUUGUUGUCUUGAAUUAUAAGAAAAUGGAAAAAUAAAGUUCUGAGCGUAUUUUGUUUAUGAAA